AUGAAUAAAAAGAAAAAAUACCAUCGAGAUUUAAAUGAUUAUGCUAACAAUUGCAUCCGAAAAAAACCAAGAGCAUCCAAACUGAAAAAAUCUAAAACAUAUGCCCAAAAGCAAUAUGGGACUAAUUACCAUCAAGUCCCAAAAUCACCUGUAGAGAGAUCCCCUAAAAGAAACUAUCAAACUCAGGAGUGGGUGGAAGUAAAGAGGAGAAAUAGAUAUAAAAGAGAGGAUCAAUAUAGAGAUAGACCUAUUCAACAGGAGUUUGAAAGAUAUGAAAGACCACCCACACCACGCAUAAGGGUAGAACGAAGGGAGCCUGAUAGGUCUGUGAAACCAUUGAGUUCACAGAGAAAUGAAAUCUCCACACAUAAUCGUUUUGAACCCAUUAGAAAUAUGAGAGAGAAUGGAGAAAGGUCUUUUUUAGAAAAAAACUGGAGAGGACCAAAUGCCAAUGUACCGUUCUCUGCACUGUCAACAAGCAAUGCCGAUGUCAGGAAACUCAUUAUAGACACACAUAAUUACCUGAGAACAUUAGUUAAACCAUCUGCAAGCAACAUGUUAAAAAUGGUGUGGAAUGAUGCUGCAGCUCAGACAGCAGCAAGGUAUGCCAGCCAGUGCAUCGCUGGUCAUAGUGCUCCAAAUCUCAGAACAAUCCCAAAUUUCAAUUGUGGUGAAAAUAUAUUUCUAUCAACAUUUAAAGCCUCUUGGGAUGAUGUGCUUAAAUCAUUUUAUAGUGAAGUUGUUGAUUUUAUAUAUGGGUAUGGACCAAGACUUCCAAAUAUACAGACUGGUCAUUAUACACAGCUUACGUGGGCCACUUCCUUUCAGGUUGGAUGCGCUGUUGCCCAGUGCUCAAAUGCUAAAUACACAUACAACUAUGUCUGCCAUUACUGUCCACCAGGAAACUUCAAUAGCUCAAUUGGCUUCCCAUACAAAGCUGGAAAGGCAUGUGGAGAUUGCCCAUCAUCAUGUGAAAAUGGCCUGUGCACAAAUCCUUGUCCCUUGCAGGACUGGUUUGCCGACUGCAAAGAAUUUUAUUUUGGACAAAAAUGUGAUGCAGACCUUGAUAGAGAUUGUCCUGCUACUUGCCGGUGCUCUAAUAAUCAAAUAAAAUAG